UUCUGAAACACAACUUUUUCAUUAACUUAAAGAUAGGUGGGAGCAUUAAAGUCUUCCCGAACAACUACAGCAUUCUUUGCUAUCAAGUCUGCAAACUACAUUUUGAUCACGAGGGAUCCAAUAGAAAGAGAAAUCAUCACUGCAAGAGAAAUCAUCAAACCUGACGGACCUGCAUUAUUGAGUUAUCAUCUGCAGAGUUGCAAAACCUUGGAGAGUUUUUUAAACCCUUAAGCAAACAAUACGUUUUGAAAAGAAGUCUUCUGUUGUGAAGUAGAAACCUCCACACAAGAUGUUGUCCCGACAACAAGACACGCUUUUUCUUACAAAGAAGUUAGAUCAAGAACCUUGUCAAGACAUCAUUUUUAGGUCUAAACUUGCUGAUAUCGUCAUCCCAAAUCACCUUCCUCUCACUGAUUACGUCUUUCAGAGAUUCUCCGGCAACGGCGAUGGGGAUUCCACCGCCACAUGUCUCAUCGACAGUGCCACCGGCCGUAUCUUUACCUACGCCAAUGUACAAAUCAAUUCACAGCGAGUCGCAGUUGGCAUCCACAGGCUAGGGAUCCGCCAACGUGACACCGUGAUGCUCCUUCUCCCGAAUUCACCGGAGUUUGCUUUCUCCUUCCUUGCUGUGGCUUACCUCGGAGCCGUCACCACCACCGCCAAUCCGUUAUACACGCAGGCUGAGAUCGCAAGACAGGCAAACGCCUCCGCCACGAAGAUGAUCAUUACGAAGCAAUGUUACGGUAUUAGUCCGGUUCUGGUGAUGGAGCUGAUUCAGAGGUACAAAGUCACGGUGGUUCCGGUGGCUCCUUCGGUGGUUUUGGCGUUUGUUAAGUCUCAAGAAACGGAGAGAUAUGACCUGAGUUCCGUGAGGAUGAUGAUUUCAGGCGCGGCUACGCUUAGGAAGGAGCUUGAAGAAGCCGUGCUCCCCAAGUUUCCCAAUGCCAUAUUUGGUCAGGGUUACGGAAUGACUGAGUCAGCAACGGUGGCUAAGUCAUUGUCAUUUGCAAAGAAUCUUUAUAAAACUAAGUCUGGGGCGUGUGGGACUGUCAUCAGAAAUGCUGAUAUGAAAGUGGUCGAUACUAUUACUGGGGUCUCUUUACCUCGUAACAAAUCUGGCGAAAUCUGCAUCCGAGGGGAUCAACUCAUGAAAGGUUAUUUGAAUGAUCCAGAAGCUACUGCAAGAACCAUAGAUAAUGAUGGGUGGUUACACACAGGGGACAUUGGGUAUGUGGAUGAUGAUGAUGAGAUAUUCAUUGUAGAUCGAUUGAAGGAACUCAUAAAAUUCAAAGGCUAUCAAGUGGCUCCAGCUGAGCUUGAAGCAUUGCUUAUUUCUCAUCCUUAUAUUGAGGAUGCUGCUGUUGUUGCAAUGCAGGAUGAAGUUGCUGGUGAGGUUCCGGUAGCAUUUGUAGUUAGCUCGGAAGGGUCUCAGGUAACUGAAGAUGAUGUCACGAGUUAUAUCUGCAAACAAGUGGUUCAUUACAAGCGAGUUAAUAUGGUGUUCUUCACUGACUAUAUUCCCAAAGCACCAUCAGGGAAGAUAUUGAGGAAGGAUCUAAGAUCAAGACUAGCUAAUGGACCGAUGAACCUAAGUUAA